GGUCGACUUCAAAAUUCCUAACCUCAAGUAUUUAGAAGUCGUUUUGAGGAAAAGUUGUUGAACAUGAAAAGAAAUUGAAGAUACACAACAAAAAUCAUAGUAAAAGAGACCUGAUACAAUUAUCAGAGCACAGAAAAUGUCUACAAGAUGGUACCCCAUGUACCGAAAAGGUGGUCCACAACUUCGUGUGUUUCUUCCUAAUUUUUGGUUGAAAUUGGUGAGACCAACACAAGAGCAACCACCAAAUGUCGUUCAGUUCCAAUGUUCAAUGGAAAUGACACAAUUCGAUAUCCGAAAUUACUUAGAAAAGAUAUACAAGAUAAAUUGUAUUGAUGUAAGAACAAGAAUUCACAUGCCGAAAACUAGGAGAGACCCAGGAAAAGGAUAUAUAAUCAAGGAUGAUGACAUAAAGUAUGCUUACAUUACACUACCAAAAGAUCAAGUUUUCAAAUUCCCAGAGUUGUUUGGGGAUGAGGAGAAGAAGAAAGAACAAGAACUGGAGCAUGAGAGGGCAUUGAAAGAAGCAAAAAAAGGCUUUGAAGAUUAUUUAGAAAAGAAUAAAGAUAGGAGGAAUUUGCCUUCUUGGUAUAGUGUGUGAAUGUUUAGAAAUGAAGCAUAUUGUUUUUUAGUUGUAAAUACUUUUAUUAGUAAUAAAAUGUGACUUAUCACCUAUACCCCAUACAUGUAUCCAGAAAAUUGCUAAACAUGUACUGCCCAGGCUCUGGAUAAUGUUUUAAAGAACCAAAAUCUUGUUUUAAAGCAC